AUGACGUCGACGUGGAGGUGGUGUUUCUGCACAGGUCGUGCCCACGAUUUGAGCUUAGAAGGCGUUAUUCAAACUGACACUUUCACGAAAGUGGAAUUCCUUCACCGCACCGUUAUGGAUUCAUUAGAUUUGUCCCCGGAUGCCGACGCUUGUUUGGUGUUAGCGAACAAGUAUAGUACGAAUCCAGAUGCUGAAGAUGCAGCUAAUAUCAUGCGGGUGAUCUCCAUCAAAAACUACUCAAGUGAUAUACGAGUAAUUGUUCAGUUGAUGCAGUAUCACAACAAGGCAUAUCCUGCUCAACAUCCCGUCGUGGGAUUGGCGACGUGGAGACGAUGUGAUCUGCCUCGCCGAGCUGAAACUCGGUUUCAUCGCGCAAUCUUGUCUUGCUCCCGGUUUCUCGACAAUGAUGGCGAACUUGUUUGCGAUGAGUCACCGCAUACACCAUCGUGGCUGAACGACUAUCUACGUGGUGCUGGCAUGGAAAUGUACACGGAAAAACUAUCACAGGCUUUCGUCGGCAUGUCGUUUCCAGAAGCGGCUGAGUACGUUCUAACAUCCUUUUCAGUCCCAAACGACACAAAAGGACUUCGUCGUUUGUCCUGCAAUACUAUAUUUUUAUUGGCUUAUUUGCAGUGCACUAACUAA